UCUGACUGGCUUCAAAUGCGGGACCUGGAAUACGCAGGGCGACGACCCGACCCGUUUAGGACGUCGGAGUCGUACGACGAACACGGAAGACUUUUGAAUCCGAUUGGCUGUUGGACUGAUUACCUGCAGAUUGUAAAUCGAUUGAAGUUUGCCUUUUAUGAACCGCCCCCCAUGCCUCCUCCUCCCAUCACUCCUACUCCCCACACUUUCGAAACUGAAUAUGGUCUGCAGAAGCUAGCCUCAGAAAAAUGUUUGUAUUGUACAAAGUUGGGGCACGGUACUGCAUAUUGCUCCUACAUGUACCGUGUCCCGAAGAAUGCACCUGUUGGCCCGGGCUGUGAUCUAGUCUGUAGGCUCUGUGGAUCUCCGUUUUCAGGCACCUGUUGUGGUCAGGAUGAAGGCCGUGCUAUUCUCAAAGAGUGUUUAACUUGUGCAAGCUACGGUGACCACUGGCCUAGACAGUGCCCCCGAAACAAGGGACUCUUCGAUUUGGACCUCCCUCGUGCUAAUUUAUCUUCUUUCUUUUUGUUCCCCUGGCCUUUGAUGAUGAUUAUCUCGAGUUUCGACAAUUUUCAUUUUAUGCUAUCAAAAAUUUCAUGUUAUAUCCUAGUUUAGGCUCUUAGCUGUGUUUCUUUUUUCCUGGAGGCUCUCUCUUUGGAUGAUAUAUUUUGCUGAAUUAUUUUGGUCUGUUUGAGUCAUUGUAUGUGCUGAUGCAAAGCCGAUGGAAUAUGCUAAAUUAGUAAAGAAGCUAUUUAUACACUCAACCUGUUUUCAUCCAAUUUACUCUAGGGAAUUGAUCUAGGUACUAUUGAGUAAAUUCUGGUCAAGCAUGCUGGCCGAUCUAUUCCUAUGUCUGUUUUAAAUUCAAGUUUUG